CACCGGUUUCUCCCUCACCUUCACCCUCUUCUUAUCCUACACCCUUCUCCCUCCUUAAAAUGUACACCCUCGCCUUACGCCACCCACCGUGCUUCUCCUCCUCUCCUUCUUCUUCCAUCCCCUCAUCCCCUCCUUGCAAUUCUUUCCUCUACAGCUUCAGACCCAACAAGCGCUUCCACUUUCUCAAGCCGUGUUCUUUCCUCAGGCAGACUAGGAAGCGGGAGUCCCUCCAGAAGACUCCCACCAGCCCUCCCCAGAGUCUUCGGUGGUUCUUGAACCCCAAAGGUGGUGAUGACGAUGAGAAGCUCAAGGAGGGUGGUGAUGGGGAAGGAGGUUUGGAAAGGAACACUGCCGUUAAAGGUACCAUUUUGGGUGGAGUUUUGUUGCUGGGGGCCGUUGGUGGGUUUGCGGCUGUUGGGUAUGUUUAUAAGGACCAGAUCAAUGCUUUCUUGAACCAGUUUUCCACAUUUAUUGAAGGCUAUGGCCCCGCUGGUUACGCAUUGUUUGUAGCAGUUUAUGCUGGGUUAGAAGUCCUUGCAAUUCCUGCUAUUCCGUUGACCAUGUCAGCUGGUCUUCUUUUUGGCUCUGUUAUUGGCACCAUUAUUGUCUCCAUCAGUGGAACAGUGGCAGCAAGUGUUGCCUUUCUGAUUGCUCGAUAUUUUGCUCGUGAGCGAAUUCUUAAACUGGUACAAGGAAAUAAAAAAUUUCUUGCAAUUGACAAAGCAAUUGGAGAAAAUGGCUUCAGAGUUGUCACCCUUCUUCGUUUGAGCCCUUUGCUUCCAUUUUCUCUUGGAAAUUAUUUGUAUGGACUGACAUCUGUGAAGUUUGUGCCAUAUGUGUUGGGAAGUUGGCUUGGGAUGCUUCCAGGAACCUGGGCUUAUGUUAGUGCCGGUGCAUUUGGCCGAGCAAUAAUUCAAGAAGAAUCAGGUAUUGCUUUGGGUGGUGGAAAUGGUCAGUUAUUGACACUCGGGUUGGGACUAUUGGCUACUGCUUUGGCAGCAGUUUAUGUGACUCGGCUGGCAAAGGAUGCUGUGAAAGAUAUUGACUAGUACAUCAUGCCUGCUGCAUUUUUUUACCGAUCAAGAGGGUAAAACUAUGGUUGUCAUUUGUAAAAUUGACAAAUUGGUCAAUUGCACUACAGCAUGUAAAAUUGUAAUGUACAUCACAAAUCCAAUAAAAUAGAAAGCCAUUUUUAACCUUAAGACUUGUUGGGACUUCUACAAUCAAUAGCAUCAUUUUAC